AUGCUAAUUUGAUCACUCUAGCGGCUAGCCUAUCCGUUGUUCUGUCUUGUCUUCUGACAUGGCUCAAUAAAGGAAGUUAUUCUGAAACCACAAUACUGCUUCCUCUAUAUGAAACGUUCUAAAGAGAACAAAUAGAAGUCUUCUUCCUGUUACAGCGUGUGACACACUGACCAACUGCUCAACUGUUCGUUUUCUUUGUUAGUAAGUCUAUUCCUCUCCACCCUGGCAUAAUGGAUAGGUUGUAUCUGCUGCUACUGGUGUGCUUACAUUCAUUCUGGCCUCACUGCCAACCACUGGAUCAAGCAUCGCUGCGGUUCAUUGGGCUGGGGGACUGGGGAGGACUCCCGCUCUUCCCUUACUACACCCCUCAUGAGGAGGCCAUCGCUGAGGAGAUGUCCUGGGCGGCCCAGACCCUGGGCCUGGACUUUGUCCUCAGUCUGGGAGACCACUUCUACUAUGGCGGAGUGAAGGACGUGGAUGACCCACGCUUCAAGCACACCUUCGAGCGUGUCUUCUCUCAACCAUCACUCGUUGACGUCCCAUGGUACCUUGUGGCGGGAAACCACGACCAUCUAAAAAAUGUGUCUGCUCAGAUUGCUUACUCCAACAGAUCGGAGAGAUGGAGGUUCCCUGAGUUGUACUAUGAGCUCAAGUUCAAGGUUCCCCAGAGUAACGUGUCAGUGACUGUCCUGAUGGUUGACACCGUAGUGCUAUGUGGGAACACCUAUGAGGGGACCCAGCCCAAAGGAGAAGAGGACCCGGAGGCUGCUGCCAAGCAGUUAGACUGGAUCAACUCCAGACUGGCAAACAGCAAGUCAGAGUUCAUUGUGGUAGCUGGUCAUUAUCCUGUGUGGUCCAUUGGUGAUCACGGCCCCACUAAGUGUCUUGUGGAUAGACUACGGCCACUGCUGAAGAAGUAUGAUGUCACAGUCUAUCUGAGUGGUCAUGACCACAGUAUACAGUUUAUCAGAGAGGAUGAUGGGAGUUCUUAUGUGGUCAGCGGGAGCGGGGCCUUUACAGAAAUUUCCAUUCAUAACAUCAACAGCUUCCCGUCUUCAUGGCAACGGUUCUCCAACGCUGUCAAUCAUACAUCCGGUGGGUUCGCUUACUUUGAAGUCACAGAGAACAAUAUGACUGUCAGCUACAUCCAGACUGAUGGGAAAUGUGUUUACCAAACAGGACUGGCAAAACGCAAAGUCUGACACAGGCAACGGCAUCACGCGAUGUUCAUUGUUGACUUACUGCAGGCCUAAUAUGCUGACUGUUUCUAAGAGCAUACUGUAUCUUUAAGCAGUUUACAAAACUGAAAACAUCUCCUCAUUCUAGUUCAAUGAAUCUUAACUCUUUAUUUUCCUUUUGGUUAAUAAUUGUCUUGGACUGUAACAAAAAAAUUUAAAUAUGAUUUUCUCUGAAUUUUAAUGUUUUGAAUGUGUUUUAUUUUUCUUGGAGAUCCCCACCCCCAAAAUUGUGUGAAAUAAUUGUCAGUUGAGUGACCUGUAGGUGGUGCUGGUUAGACCUUUUUGCAGGAACUACACAAGACUGAUGUCUGCUGUGAUAACGCUCAAGUUGCGUAAUCUUUCUCACCAGACAUAGUCACAUUAACAUAACAUACACCCACUAUUCAACAAUGUCUCAUAUCAAAGAUAAACACAUUACCACAAAUUAAUGAUAAGACUUUAUUGUGAAAAUGCCAAUAAAAUCAAACAAGAGUACCAUAUUAGUACCAGACUCCA